AGGAAGAGGAAGCAGCGAAGGUGGUGGGGUGGGGGGGUGGAGGAGCCGGCCGAGCGGCUGCUUUGUCCUCGGUGCUCACCGCCGGCCAUCGCCGACCAGUCAAGGCAGCGCUCCGGGGCCGCAGCACCGGCCCGGGCUCGAGUCGAAGCGGUUGUUAAAGCACAGCAUCCAUCCAAUCCGGUUAAAGCAAUGAAUCGAGCAGCAUUUCCAACCAACAGAGGCUGGCAGCAAGAUUGGCAAACAUCCCCCUCAAGGUCAGAAUUAAAUUUAAUGGAAGAAAUCCGAACAAUCCGAAGGGGUGACCAAAUUGUGAGCAAUGAGAUGGGCUAUUCAUCUGAAAGAAGAGAUGGUGGGGUUCAGUAUGCAUUUGAUGGCAGAGAUCCGAAUAUGUAUCCUGAUUGGGGAAGGGAUAGUAAAGUUUCAUUCGUACAGAGUGCUGGAGCUUUAGAUAGAUACUCAGACAUGAGAAGUGUUGAUCGAGGACGACAUGAUGAUGGUAUUUCAAGUGGACAUGGUGACUGGAGACGAGAGAGCAAAGAACAAUAUGUAGAUGGUACCGUAAAUUAUGAUCAGUACCCUAAUCGCAAGGGUCCUGAUCUUCGGUAUCUUGAUCAACAACACCCCGAUCGUCCAUUUCCUGAUCAGCAACAUCCUGAACAUUCAUAUCCUGAUCAUCGCCAUUCCGAUCAGCAACAUCCCAAUCAGCAAUAUCCUGAUCGGCGGUAUCCUGAUCAACAAUAUCCCGAUUCUUGGCGUCCUGAUCCUCGGCAUUCCGAUCAACAACAUCCUGAUCCUCGGUAUCCCGAUCAGCAACGUUCCGACCCUCGGUAUCCCGAUCAGCAACGUUCCGACCCUCGGUAUCCCGAUCAGCAAUGUUCCGAUCCUCGGUAUCCUGAUCAACUACGUUUUGAUCCUCGGUAUUCCGAUCAGCAACGUUCCGACUCUCGGUAUCCCGAUCAGCAACGUUCCGAUCCUCGGUAUCCUGAUCAACAACGUCCUGAUCGCCAGUAUCCUGAUCAGCGAGAUCCUGGAUAUCCUGAUCAACUACGUUCCGAUCCUGGAUAUCCUGAUCAACAACGUUCCGAUUUUCGGUAUCCUGAUCAGCAACCUCACGAUCGCCGCUAUCCUGAUCAGCGAGAUUUUGAUCCUCGUUAUCCCGAUCAACAACGUCCCGAUCCUCGAUAUCCUGAUCAACAACCUCCUGAUCCUCGUUAUCCCGAUCAACAACGGUCCGAUCCUCGUUAUCCCGAUCAACAACGGUCCGAUCCUCGUUAUCCCGAUCAACAACGGUCCGAUCCUCGAUAUCCCGAUCAACAACGUCCCGAUCCUCGCUAUCAAGAUCAGCGAGAUCCUGAUCCUCGGUAUCCCGAUCAGCAACCUCCCGAUCGCCGCUAUGUUGAUCAGCGAAACUCUGAUCCUCGGUAUCCCGAUCAGCAACCUCCCGAUCGCUGCUAUCCGGAUCAGCGAGACCUCGAUCCUCGAUAUCCCGAUCAGCAACGUUCUGAUUCCCAUUAUCCCGAUCAGCAACCUCCCGAACGCCGGUAUCCCGAUCAUCCAUAUCUUGAUAAGCAACAUCCUGAUCACCAGUAUCCUCCUGAUCUGAGAACAGAAGACCGAGGUCAAUAUGGGGAUAAUGUCCAAGAUUCAUAUAGAUAUAGUGACUGGAGACGAGAAAACCCAACACACUAUGGAAAUAAGUUGGGGGAUUUAGGCAGGCAUUUAAAUGAUAAGCAAGGGCGCUAUCAAGAUGACGCCGGAAGUUCAGACUGGCGGAAAGAUGACCAAAAUCAAUAUGAAAAUGAACACAGUGAAAGAGAACAGACUGGGAAAUUUCAUCACUGGAAGGUGGACAAGGAUAAUUAUUCCAGGACAGAAAGUUUAUCAGAUGUAGCUGAUAUUAAAAGAAAGAAAUUGUAUGACUAUUUGCAAAACUUUCAGAUAAAAAGUGAAGAUGAUGCCAGCUUUGUUCUGAAAGUUACCAAGGCUUUCAAGGAUGCAAUAAUCGGCUACUACAAACGGAAAGAAACUGACCCACCAAUGAGGUUAUCACUGGAUCAGGGAAAUGCAAGAUACUUCAAAUCGCCGGAUGACUAUUCCAGAUAUAAACCUGAUGUGUCAGCUGCAGAUCUACAAGAUUCAGAAAGCCGCAGAGGUGGCUGUGACUGGAAGCAAGAUGCACCGGCAAAUGUGAGACCUCCACUUGAUCAUCCAUCAUAUGUUUCCUCUUCUACUUCUGCUAGGGAUUAUGCUUCCACUUCAAGCAGAGGCUAUGAAUAUGAUUUCAGAUUUCAAAUCCAGAAAUAAUGAUUUUAACUGGGUCAAGAGCACAAACAAUAGUUAUUGUGGUCAUUGAAUGUAACCGGUUGGUGUAUGAAGGUUAAUGAUUUGUUCGGAGUGGAAAGGUUCGAAACUGCCAUAUUCAAUCUCCAAACGAACAAGGUGCCAUGUAAACUGUCAUUUGUAUAUUUACAUAUUCUCUAAUUAUCCUUUUAAAUAUACAGAAAGCCUUUUGUUUAAGCCUUUUAGAAAUGGAAAGAUCUGAUCAGAGGAUGUAAUAUUUAUUACUGGUAGGUCACAAACUGUUCUUGUUGAGCUUUUUCCCAAAUUAUUCCAAUAUGCUACAGUGUAGUGAUAAGGUAUGCUGUGUUUCAUUCUUUGUGGAGUAUAUUGUAUUAUACUGUUCUUAUAGUGCCGAUAUACUCUGUAAAAACAAGAAGCAACAGAGAGAACCAAAGGAACAGAAGAGAUGGAAUGCUGUAGCAUUUUGGUUAAGAGCACUCACCUCGCAAGCGAGAGGACCCGGGUUCAAUUCCUGGG